GGAGGAGCUGGAGGGGGCGCGGCUUCCUCCGCGUCGCGCCCGGGCGCCGGGCCUGCUGCUCCGCCGGGGGCAGGGCGGGCGGUCGGCGGGGGUCGCGGCGGCGGCGGCUGCGCUGGCGGGCCGCGGGCGGCGAGGGCCUGGCCCCGGCUCCGGGUGUUAGGAGACAAGAUGGCGACGGCGCUCCGGAGGCCGGUCUCCUCCUCUUCGCUCUCCUCCGCCCCGCCGCUCACCGCCUCCUCCUCCUCGGUCUCCUCCUCCUCGUCCGCUGCCUCCUCCUCCUGCAGCAGCCCCAGCGACCGCCGAAGCGCCGGCUCGCUCUCCUGGAGCUCCGGAGGGGGAUAGACGGAGCAGCUGCAGGCUCCGGCGACCGCGGCCGAGCUGGGGCCGGGGCGGGGGCGGCGGCGGCGGCGGCGGCGGCGCCGGGUGGGGAUGGGGUCGCAGACACUGCAGAUCCUCCGACAGGGGGUGUGGGCCGCGCUCAGCGGGGGCUGGUACUACGAUCCGCACCAGGCCACCUUCGUGAACGCGCUGCACCUCUACCUGUGGCUCUUUCUGCUGGGCCUGCCCUUCACCCUCUACAUGGCCCUUCCUUCUUCCAUGAUUAUAGUAGCAGUUUAUUGUCCUGUGAUAGCUGCUGUGUUCAUUGUUCUGAAGAUGGUCAACUAUCGACUACACAGAGCCCUUGAUGCUGGAGAAGUGGUAGAUAGGCGUGCAAAUGAGUUCACAAAUCAGCGAGCCAAAGCUGAGCAAGGCAACUGUUCAACCAGGAGAAAAGACAGCAAUGGACCAAGUGAUCCUGGUGGAGGGAUUGAAAUGUCUGAGUUCAUUCGCGAGGCCACCCCCCCAGUUGGUUGUAGUUCACGAAAUUCUUAUGCGGGUCUAGAUCCCAGCAACCAGAUUGGAUCUGGGUCCUCUCGUCUUGGAACAGCAGCAACUAUUAAAGGAGAUACAGACACUGCUAAGACUUCUGAUGAUAUCAGUUUAAGUCUGGGCCAGAGCUCUAGUCUUUGUAAGGAAGGAAGUGAAGAGCAAGAUUUGGCAACUGAUCGGAAGCUCUUUCGUCUGGUCUCCAAUGACUCCUUCAUCUCCAUUCAGCCUUCCUUAUCCUCUUGUGGACAGGACUUACCAAGGGACUUCAGUGACAAAGUGAGCCUGCCAAGUCAUAGCCACCACCACCACAUUGAUCAGUCUCUGUCCAGUGCCUGUGACACAGAAGUCGCUUCUCUUGUACCUUUACACUCACACUCUUAUAGGAAAGAUCAUCGACCACGAGGUGUACCACGGACUUCGAGCUCUGCUGUGGCCUUUCCUGACACUUCACUGAACGACUUCCCUCUUUAUCAGCAAAGACGUGGGUUAGAUCCAGUUAGUGAGCUAGAAUCUUCCAAACCUCAUUCUGGAUCCAAAGAAUCUUUGGUGGAAAAUUCUUGUUUAUCUGGGGAAUUUCAGCUUGCUGGUGAUUUGAGAAAGAGUAAUUCUCAGCCACCCACAAAAAACGGGAAGAGCAAACCUUUGAAGGCAGACAAAAGCGUGGACAGCUUGAGGAGCCUGAGUACCCGGAGCAGUGGGUCGACAGAGAGCUACUGCAGUGGGACGGACCGGGACACGAACAGCACUGUCAGCAGCUAUAAAAGUGAGCAGACCAGCUCAACUCACAUAGAGAGCAUCUUGUCAGAGCACGAGGAGUCUCCUAAAGCAGGAAGGAAAAGUAGCAGGAAAAGAGAGUGCUGCGCUGACGCAGAAGAGAAGAGUAGCUGUGGCAGUGACAAAAGGACUAGCAGUGAAAAGACUGCUGUGGAAGUGAGUGUGAACAGUGGGGCCCCCGAGGCCAGGGACUCCAACACCCCUGAAGAGACGCAGAGCCAGAGAAGGCUCAGCACCUCUGCCUCGGAAGAAGCCAAUAAAAAUCCCCACGCAAACGAGUUCACUUCCCAGGGGGACAGGCCACUUGCAAACACAGUAGAAAACAAAGAGGAGCACAGUGAUAAGUCAGUAGUUUCAGUGGAUUCAAAAGCGUGUAAAGAUGUUGGCGGAAAGCCAAAGGAAGGAGACGUUCGCCCUAAAUCCUCCAGUGUAAUCCACCGGACAGCCUCUGCCCACAAACCAGGCAGGAGACGGACAGGAAAAAAACGGGCCAGCAGCUUUGAUUCAAGUCGGCACAGGGACUAUGUUUCCUUUCGAGGUGUUUCUGCCACCAAACCACAUAGUGCUAUCUUUUGUCACGACGAGGACUCCAGUGAUCACAGUGACCUGAGUAGAGCGUCCAGUGUUCAGUCUGCUCACCAGUUCAGCAGUGACAGCUCUUCCAGCACCACUUCUCAUUCCUGUCAGUCUCCUGAGGGCAGGUACAGUGUGCUCAAGACCAAACACACUCAUAAGGAAAGGGGAACAGACUCUGAACAUUCACACAAAGCUCAUUUGGCUCCUGAAGGAACUGGCAAAAAGCGGGCAACACGGCGGACUUCCAGCACAAAUAGUGCCAAGACUCGUGCCCGAGUGUUGAGCUUGGACAGUGGCACAGUAGCAUGUUUGAAUGAUUCAAAUAGGCUAAUGGCGCCUGAAAGUAUAAAACCCUUAACCACUUCCAAAUCAGAUCUCGAGGCCAAAGAGGGAGAGGUGCUAGAUGAGCUGUCUUUGUUGGGACGGGCUUCCCAGUUAGAGACGGUCACUCGAUCUAGGAAUAGCUUGCCAAGCCAGGUUGCAUUUCCUGAAGGGGAAGAGCACGAUGCAGUCAGUGGAGCAGCACAAGCCAGCGAGGAGGCGGUGUCAUUUCGCCGUGAACGCAGCACAUUUAGGCGUCAGGCAGUUCGGCGCCGGCACAAUGCAGGGAGUAACCCCACCCCUCCUACAUUGCUCAUCGGAUCACCCCUAAGCCUUCAAGAUGGUCAGCAAGGCCUGCAGUCCACAGCCCAGGUCAAAGUCCAGUCCCGCCCCCCUUCCCAGGCUGCAGUGCUCAGUGCUAGUGCCUCCUUGCUGGUGAGAAAUGGGAGUGUCCACUUAGAAGCAUCACAUGACAAUGCAUCUGCUGUAGGCGGUAGCAGUUUGCACGAUGAACUUGGUAAGUUUUCUUCUACGCUCUAUGAGACUGGUGGCUGUGAUAUGUCACUUGUGAAUUUUGAACCAGCAGCAAGAAGAGCAUCUAAUAUCUGUGACACGGAUUCUCAUGUAUCCAGUUCUACCUCAGUUCGAUUUUAUCCACAUGAUGUGCUCUCUCUCCCACAGAUUCGAUUGAAUAGACUAUUGACCAUUGAUACAGAUUUGUUGGAGCAACAGGACAUUGAUCUAAGCCCUGACUUGGCAGCUACUUAUGGUCCAACAGAAGAAGCUGCCCAAAAGGUUAAACACUAUUAUCGCUUUUGGAUACUACCCCAGCUAUGGAUCGGCAUAAACUUUGACAGACUCACACUUUUGGCCUUGUUUGAUAGAAAUCGUGAGAUCCUGGAAAAUGUGUUAGCUGUCAUCCUGGCUAUUCUUGUGGCUUUUUUGGGAUCUAUUCUUCUCAUACAAGGCUUCUUCAGAGAUAUCUGGGUCUUCCAGUUCUGCCUGGUGAUAGCCAGCUGUCAAUACUCGCUACUUAAGAGUGUUCAACCAGAUUCUUCUUCUCCCAGACAUGGUCAUAAUCGUAUCAUUGCCUACAGUAGACCGGUUUAUUUCUGUUUAUGUUGUGGUCUUAUUUGGCUCUUGGAUUAUGGUAGCCGAAACCUGACUGCAAGCAAGUUCAAAUUAUAUGGAAUAACGUUCACCAAUCCACUGGUGUUUAUAUCAGCCAGGGAUUUAGUUAUAGUCUUUACACUCUGUUUCCCAGUAGUAUUUUUCAUUGGUCUUCUGCCUCAGGUGAAUACAUUUGUAAUGUACCUUUGUGAACAAUUGGAUAUUCAUAUAUUUGGUGGUAAUGCCACUACAAGCCUACUUGCAGCACUUUACAGUUUUAUCUGCAGCAUUGUGGCAGUAGCAUUAUUAUAUGGAUUGUGUUACGGAGCUUUAAAGGAUUCUUGGGACGGGCAGCAUAUUCCAGUACUUUUCUCCGUUUUUUGUGGUUUGCUGGUGGCAGUGUCCUAUCAUCUCAGUCGACAAAGCAGUGAUCCAUCUGUACUUUUUUCUUUAGUGCAAUCCAAGAUUUUUCCACAAACAGAAGAGAAAAAUCCAGAAGACCCUCUAUCUGAAGUAAAAGAUCCACUGCCUGAAAAACUGAGAAAUUCUGUUAGUGAGCGUUUACAGUCCGACCUAGUAGUGUGCAUUGUAAUUGGUGUGCUGUACUUUGCUAUACAUGUAAGCACGGUCUUUACAGCAUUGCAGCCCACUCUCAAGUAUGUGCUGUAUGCAUUGGUUGGCUUUGUGGGGUUUGUAACCCAUUACGUCCUGCCUCAAGUUAGAAAACAACUACCGUGGCACUGUUUCUCUCACCCUCUGCUAAAGACAGUGGAGUAUAACCAAUAUGAAGUUCGAAAUGCAGCCACUGUGAUGUGGUUUGAGAAACUUCAUGUGUGGCUUCUUUUUGUGGAGAAGAAUAUCAUCUACCCAUUGAUUGUUCUCAAUGAGCUGAGUAGCAGUGCAGAGAAAAUUGCGAGUCCAAAAAAGUUGGAUACAGAAUUAGGUGCUUUACUGAUCACCAUUGCUGGUUUGAAGUUGCUGCGAUCCUCGUUCAGCAGCCCUACGUAUCAGUAUGUCACGGUCGUCUUUACUGUGCUCUUCUUCAGAUUUGACUACGAAGCUUUUUCAGAGACCAUGCUGUUGGAUCUCUUCUUCAUGUCUAUACUCUUCCACAAGCUUUGGGAACUCCUUUAUAAACUGCAGUUUGUGUACACUUACAUUGCCCCAUGGCAGAUCACAUGGGGUUCUGCUUUCCAUGCUUUUGCUCAGCCCUUUGCAGUGCCCCAUUCAGCCAUGUUGUUUAUUCAGGCUGCUGUGUCAGCCCUCUUCUCCACUCCACUCAACCCCUUUCUGGGAAGUGCAAUAUUCAUCACUUCAUAUGUUCGACCUGUGAAAUUCUGGGAGAGAGACUAUAAUACAAAACGAGUGGAUCAUUCAAAUACCAGAUUGGCUUCCCAGCUUGACAGAAACCCAGGAUCAGAUGAUAACAAUCUGAAUUCCAUCUUCUACGAACAUCUAACUAGAUCCCUGCAACACAGUCUGUGUGGUGAUUUGCUACUAGGACGGUGGGGGAACUUCAGUACAGGGGACUGUUUCAUCCUUGCCUCUGACUAUCUCAAUGCGUUAGUACACCUCAUAGAGAUAGGCAAUGGUCUGGUCACUUUUCAGCUACGGGGACUUGAAUUCAGAGGCACCUACUGUCAACAGCGGGAAGUAGAGGCCAUUACUGAAGGGGUAGAGGAAGAUGAAGGGUUUUGCUGUUGUGAACCAGGCCAUAUUCCUCAUGUGCUUUCAUUUAAUGCUGCAUUUGGCCAGCGCUGGUUAGCUUGGGAAGUGAUAGUCACUAAAUAUGUUCUUGAAGGUUAUAGCAUCACUGAUAAUAGCGCUGCCUCUAUGCUUCAAGUCUUUGAUCUUCGGAAAGUACUCACCACUUACUAUGUCAAGGGUAUCAUUUACUAUGUUACAACCUCCUCUAAAUUGGAGGAGUGGCUGGCUAAUGAGACCAUGCAGGAAGGACUACGUCUGUGUGCAGAUCGAAAUUAUGUUGAUGUGGACCCAACGUUUAAUCCCAACAUCGAUGAAGACUAUGACCAUCGGCUGGCAGGCAUAUCCAGGGAGAGUUUCUGUGUGAUUUACCUCAACUGGAUAGAGUACUGCUCUUCCCGAAGAGCAAAGCCACUGGAUGUGGAUAAAGAUUCAUCCCUGGUGACUCUGUGUUAUGGGCUCUGUGUUCUGGGACGGAGAGCUUUGGGGACUGCAUCCCAUCAUAUGUCCAGUAAUUUAGAGUCAUUCCUCUAUGGAUUGCAUGCCCUAUUUAAAGGAGAUUUCCGUAUUUCUUCAAUUCGAGAUGAAUGGAUCUUUGCUGACAUGGAAUUGCUAAGAAAAGUAGUAGUCCCUGGAAUUCGUAUGUCCAUUAAACUUCAUCAGGAUCAUUUCACUUCUCCAGAUGAGUACGAUGACCCUACUGUGCUCUAUGAAGCCAUCGUAUCUCAUGAAAAAAACCUCGUAAUAGCCCACGAAGGGGACCCCGCAUGGCGGAGCGCAGUCCUUGCCAACUCUCCAUCCCUGCUUGCUCUGCGGCACGUCAUGGAUGAUGGCACCAAUGAAUAUAAAAUCAUCAUGCUCAACAGACGUUAUCUGAGCUUCAGGGUCAUUAAAGUGAAUAAGGAAUGUGUCCGAGGUCUCUGGGCAGGGCAACAGCAGGAGCUGGUUUUUCUGCGUAACCGUAACCCAGAGAGAGGUAGCAUCCAAAAUGCAAAGCAAGCCUUGAGAAACAUGAUAAACUCAUCCUGUGAUCAACCUAUUGGCUACCCCAUCUUUGUCUCACCCCUGACAACUUCUUAUUCUGACAGCCAUGAACAACUCAAAGAUAUUCUUGGGGGACCCAUCAGCUUGGGAAAUAUCAGAAACUUCAUAGUGUCGACAUGGCACAGGCUAAGGAAAGGUUGUGGAGCUGGGUGCAACAGUGGUGGCAAUAUCGAAGACUCCGACGCUGGAGCUGGGACUUCCUGCACAGCUACUAAUGCCACGACUGCCAAUGAUCCGCACAGCGGCGUGUCCCAGGGAAGCACUGGGAAUCCUGGGCAGGGAGCAGGAGCAGGACUCCAUCCACCUGUCACAUCUUACCCUCCUACACUAGGCACCAGCCACAGCUCCCACUCUGUGCAGUCAAGCCUGGUCCGACAGUCCCCUGCCCGGGCCUCAGUCGCCAGCCAGUCUUCCUACUGCUACAGCAGCCGGCAUUCGUCCCUCCGCAUGUCCACCACGGGAUUUGUGCCUUGUCGGCGCUCUUCCACCAGUCAGAUAUCCCUUCGAAACUUGCCGUCAUCUAUCCAGUCCCGCCUGUCAAUGGUGAACCAGAUGGAGCCCUCCAUUCAGAGCGGUGUGGCCUGCAUGCAGCAUGGCCUCCCUUCCUCCAGCAGCUCCAGCCAGAGCAUCCCAGCCUGCAAACAUCACGCUCUUGUGGGCUUUCUCGGGACAGAGGGAGGUCAGAAUGGUGCCAGUGAUGCACAGCCAGGCAGCACCUUGAGUCCUCCCAGUAACUCACAUCCCAGAAAGGGGGAGGUGAUCUACAGAGUCCAAAUUGUGGAUCCCACUCAAAUUCUGGAAGGGAUCAACCUCUCAAAAAGGAAAGAACUUCAGUGGCCUGAUGAGGGAAUUCGGUUAAAAGCUGGGAGAAAUAGCUGGAAAGACUGGAGUCCUCAGGAGGGCAUGGAAGGCCACGUUAUUCACCGAUGGGUGCCUUGCAGCAGAGAUCCAGGAACUAGAUCCCACAUCGACAAGGCAGUGCUUCUGGUCCAGAUUGAUGAUAAAUACGUGACUGUCAUUGAAACUGGGGUACUAGAACUUGGGGCUGAAGUGUGAGCCAGUGUUUUGAAACUGCACGUUUCUUUUUCCCUCUCGAUUCCAAGACGCUGGAAAAAAGAGAGGAGCAAUUGGAAGACGCCUGCAGGCAUCAGGUUGACGCCUGUGGGAGAGACCUGAAAACAGUGAGCUCCAUUCAGCUCCUCUCUGUUGCCAUUCACCCUGACUCCUGGCACUGUCUCCAUCUCCAAAUAAAGCUGAAAUAUUUUUUUAAGUUAGCUGCCGAGAAAAGAUUUUGCAUGAAGGAUAAAAUUCUGUUAAAAUACAUCCUUUACAAAAGUUUUUCCUAUGCAUUGCCUAUGCUUUAAAUCAACAAACUCUUCAUUUCUAACUAUGAUCUCAUAUUUUUCUAAUUUCUUUGCCAAAAAUAAUUGCCAUGUUUUGUCACAGAACAUGAAAUCCAUCUACCUUGAUUUUUAAAAACAGACCAGUGUAAAAAUGUUCAGUUUGACAUAUAGCAGUAUAAAAGUUUAAUGUACAGUAAAAGAGACUAUGAACAGACAUAGAUUUAUCUUAUUCCUUGAGCGCUAAAAACUUUAAUGAAAAAAAACUGCACUAAUUUUUUACAACAAUGCACUAAAGUCUGAGAUUUCUCAGAACAUUUAUUUAUAUAUAAAAUAAAAUACCAUUAUUUAAAUUGCCUUUGGAAUUAACCCCUCCCCCUUCCUUGUAAACGUAGGUAGCAGAAACUGCACUGCUCAUUUUUCUCUUAUAGUCUGUACUUUACGCUGGUACGUUGGAUGUUUUCUUUACAGUAAAUAUGAAAUCUCAAGAUACUCAUAGCUUCAUCAUUGACGUUUCCCAGAGCUGCCAGUCAGUGACUCAGUCCCAUGAACACCACUGCCAGCCACUGUGUCCCCAGUUCAGACGGAGCAGCUCUGCGGGGGUCAGUUCUGGAAAGAAAACACUUCAGCUUUUCAAAGAAGAAGAUGAACAUCCAGGAAUUUAAAGAAAGGAGCAAUUGCCUUUUAUUUAUUUUUCAGAAUUCCUAGUUCUCAAAGAUAUUUACGUGCAGUUCAGUUAAUCAAGUAAACUUUUUUCAAACACAGUUCUCCAAAUGGUGCAGUUGUUAUUGUGGCAACCCUCCUUAAUAACUCUGCUUUUUAUUUUCUAUCCCCUUCUUUUUCUAUUACUUGAAUUUUAUUUCCUGUAAUUUAUAGUGUGUAGCUAUAAUCUGAAAUAUUUAUAACUGUGAAAUUGACUUAAUUCCUAUGUUGCAGAACUUAAAUUUUAUUGGGUUUUUUUUUUUAAGCAUGUAUUCAGGGAACUAUAUUACUCAGAUUUACAAUUGGGUUACCUAGGAACUGCAGUUUAAUUUGCAACUUAGCAUUUUUUAAAUCCUUAAAAAAAAUUUCCAUUUUGGUAUGAAAUUCCAAAGAAAAUUGUGCAUCUUCUGUGAGCAUUUAGGAGCAGCCAUCUUUCUACCCCCUGUGAAUAGAAAAUAAAAAGAGUCAGGUAAAGUUAAUUUUAAUAAUUUAUUUAAUCCAGUAUAUCCAAAGUAUUACUAUUUCAGUAUGUGACAGACAUUAGCCAGAUUUCAAGACUCAGUAGCAAGGAGUGCCUCGCAGGCACCAUGUGGACAGCACACGUUUAAAGGAUUUUCUGAAGAGAGGACAGAAGAGAGAAGCUCUUUUUCCUCCUCAUUGUGAUGUGGAUCUCACGGUAUAGGGAACCAUUGCAGUGGAAGGAAUGAGAACGGGGAGAGUAAAUAGCUAAUGUACAAAUGCAUUUCCUCUUCAAAACCUAUUUGUUUUCUUUUUAUUCUAAGUUAAAAUGUUUGUGGUCAUUCAGAACCUAACGUGCCUUGUGUCAAUGUUUCUGUAGACUUCACGCUUUGCAAAAUUUACUGUUUAAAAGUAUUUGUCAAGGGCGGCGCCUGUGGCUCAGUGAGUAGGGCGCCGGCCCCAUAUGCCGAGGGUGGCGGGUUCAAACCCAGCCCCGGCCAAACUGCAACAAAAAAAUAGCCGGGCGUUGUGGCGGGCGCCUGUAGUCCCAGCUACUCGGGAGGCUGAGGCAGGAGAAUCGCGUAAGCCCAAGAGUUAGAGGUUGCUGUGAGCCAUGUGACGCCACGGCACUCUACCCGAGGGCGGUACAGUGAGACUCGGUCUCUACAAAAAAAAAAAAAAGUAUUCGUCAAAUGAUUUAUUGAACCUUUAUACAAAGGUCCCCUUUCUAAAUUGACCAUUUAAAAAUGUAUUUUCUGGUACUGUCAUAUUCUGUAUUUGCUUCAUUUGGGCAAAUCUACAGUAUGCCAUUAAAGCUCAGUGUUCUUUUUGUUUUGUUGAAUUUUUUUCCUGAAACAGAAUAUAUCAUCUAUCCAUCUGCAUAGAUAAUAUUUUUUAAAUAUUCUCAAAGGAACUAUAUCCUCUGCCGCUUGUUCCCUUUCUAAAGUGAAUAUGAUCUUUUCAUGGUCGUUGCCUAGAUAGGUGCGGCCUUUUCAAUCUUAGAUAGAAGAUAAUUCAUUUUCCUACACAGAAGAAAAAAAAAUCUGAACUUCAGCUGAUUUAAUCAGAAGGAGCAAAUUUUUUUAUCAAUACUAGCUCCUCUUCCAAAAAAAAAAUUGUUAAGCACAUCAUAUACUCUGAAAAAGUCAGAUUUAAAAUGUAAAGUUAGAUUUUCUAUGAAGCAUACCUCUUGAUUUUGGGUAGCAAUUGAUAGACAUUCUUCUCAAAACAAGUUGAAUUCUGUUAUUAUAUAACUCUUAGUAAAUUUAUAAAUUAGAAACCCUAAGAAAAGCCCUGUUAUUUUUAAAGUCUAAAGCUGAUAGCCUUUUACAAAUCAUAAUACUUUUCUAAUAAUUAUAUCAGGGGAAAUGAUAAUUAAAGAAAGGUUUGUGUCUUAAGAAUAAUUUGAUCUAAAUUAUUUUAAAAGAAACAAUUUAAUGAAAAUUAAUUGGUCAUAUUCCUCCCCACCUUACCCCAAGAACAGUGACCUACUUGUUUUGAUUCUCUGCUAUACGGUUUUCAGUAAUGUACAAAACUCCAGUAUACAUUAAUGUCUUUAGUUUAUAAUUGCCAAAAUUCUGACUUCCAUAAUUUGAAGGUAAAGAGAUACAAAUUAAAAUGGUAGCUUUUUAUUUCCUUUAAAUAGAGUUGCAUGAUUGAAAUUUUUCUUGUUUGAUUUUUGUUUUCCUUUCAUUCAGUAGCAGAAAACAUUUGAGAUCCUAAUUAAGCUUUUACUUAAUCUUUCAAUCAGUACCUUGAUGUGAAGUUUAUUUUUACAUCAUUUGCAACAGUAGAUAAAACUUUUAAGUGUUGACUUUUUCCUAAAGAGCUUUAAUGUUUCCGAGACUCUAGAUUAAUAUAAGAUGUUAAUAUUUAAGAAACCUGGGGAGAUGUUAAUAUUUAAGAUGAUGAGGCAGUGUGUAUAUCUUUUAAGACACUUAGAGAUUAAUUACUUUUAGGAAAUUAGUGAACAGACUUAAUCAGCAUUCUGCCUUCUUUGGUUUUUUAUUACUGGAUGAUUAAAUUCCAUUAGAUCAUAAGUAUUUUGAAAAAUACUUCAAGUAUAUUUGAAAUACUUCCAAUUUUUGAAACAGAAGUAGUCGGACAAUGUUCCUGUCCUAAGUGAAACACAAAAAAUUACUCUGUGCAUUAAAUGUCAGGCAAUGAAAAUGCGAGUUUUUAUGUAGAAAACUAUAACUCAUUAAGACGUAUUUUUCUUUUUAGAUUAGUUUAAUUUUCUGUCUCAUAUCCUUGUAUAAGAACCAGCCUCACAUCUAAGCAAAGGUGACUUAGCCUUAAUAAAGGCCACGUUGGUUCUGAGCAGCACCCUCCCACCUCUGUGUAGCCGGUCUUUGGUGGGUGUGGGAUUGAGUCAUUAGUCCAGAACUGGGGCUUUUUAAACUUAGGAGUCACAUAGCUAACUUUCAAACAUCCUUCCUCCUAAGUAAAUCUGUGACUUGAGGAAAAGGUUCUAUUAAUUUUGUGUGAGAAUUAUUUGAAUUUAUGUUUCCUAGCUAGUAAACUAUAAACUGCUGUCCAGGUUACUUUUAUAUUUAUUUUAAUUUAAGCCCUCAGUAUCCAUUCUCAUUCUUUUUCACAAGUGUAAUGUAAUCACAUAAAGUUACUUCGUCUGGACACAGACCUGGUUAUUUUUUUUUUCUUUUGAUAUGAUACAUUGUUCAGAGGAGAUACAAAAUAUCCCUUUUUAUUCUAGAGGCUUUUCCUUUAAGAUAAAUGAAGAGAAUAAUAUCAGUCAAGGUUAAGAUGGUGCAUGAAACUGUUAAUGGACUUUGAACUUUCUGUUUCAGUCUCGUGUGACAUACUGUUACCAGUCUGAAGGAAGAGGAAAAUUAGAUACUAGACAGCAUAAAUUUUAAUAUGACAUUGAAAAUGUAUAGCUUUUUAAAAUCAAGUAUUUAAAAAAACCAAUCUUUCUUUUUCUUCAUUUGCUAAAAAAUCUGGUUUAUACACCCCCGGGGCUUCUUAUUUUAAAUUAUUAAAUGUUUAGGUUAAGAAUUGUGAUGGGAAAGGAAUUCAUUAUAUACAAAUAGAUCUGGUAGGAUAUAUGAGUGGAAUAUUAAUAUUGCUUGAAACAGAAGUAUAUUUUCUGCUUUGAAUCAUUUCACCAAAGUCAUCUGUCUAGAAUUCUGUAAGAAUAAAUAAGAAUUUCUCUUUAUUGCUUAUAAACUACAUUUUCUUCCUGAAUUAGGGUAAAUAACGUCUGUACUGAACUAUAACUGAACUUCAUAAUCUGCCAUUUGUGGAAUCAACAUAAUAUUCUUUGGGGAAACGAGAGCUGAUUGUCACUGCACGGUUAUAUGGCAACUUUGUUCUAAGACUUAUACCUAUUAUAUAGGAUUAUACCUUUUUUGCUGUGCCUCAGCUCUGUACCUGGCAGUUUCUGAUUCAGCAGAGCCAAGCUAGAAGGAACUAAGGUCAUCUAGCUCUGUGGUGGGGAUGGACGCCUGGAUGUUCCUGUGCAGAGGCGCUGACACCUUGGGUUCAGAACAGAGCGGUAGAAGAGAAUGAGACGGCUGCUCCAGAUGACUCUUGGGUUUAGUGUACUUGUGGUUUAACAAGAUUUUUUAUAUAUCAAGCUUGAUUCUACAACCAAAAUACUAGAAACGACGGGAGGGAGAGUCAUGUCUGCUUUUGCUUUUUAAAAGCUUAUAGUUUUAAGUAAAAGUAAAUUAUAAAAACUGAUUACUUUAACCCUGUACAAGUCUGACGAUGAGCUCUGCAUGAGGAAAUGGAAGGAGAAGUGUUAAAAAUGAUUCUAGUGAGGUGAUGUGAAGAAGGAAAGUGGAUUUUCCUUUCCUGAUCGUGGGCUCUGGAAAGUAGUCAUUGCCUUUACCAGCAUUCAGUAUGAACCAGAGAUCGAGGAUCUAUGUACUCGCGUGUGUCUUGAGAGUGUGUGUGUGAGAGAGUGUCAUUCUAAACAGCUUGUAAAUACUGUAAUUGUUUAAAAUGGAAAUAACAGCUGAGGUGUUUUUUUGGCAAAUAUAUUGCAUCAAAAAUACAGUAUUGACAGUGGAUAAAAUACUACGGAAAUAAAUUUUUUUUUCAUUUUGC